UCACAUCAGCUCCUAUUUUCACACAGAAGUGAAGAACUGGACCAGCCGGGACACCAAUGUCCAUCAGGACGUGUGUGUGUGUGCGUGUGUGUGUGUGCGUGUGUGUGUGUGUGCGUGUGUGUGUGUGUGCGCGUGUGUGUGUGUUGUGUGUGUUAACUAUGUGCUGAACGAGAGAAUGAAGCGGGAGCGUCGCUGAGUCGGCAAGAAGCUGCCGAGUCUGCACUUUGGUGGUGUGGCAAGCAUGUGGAGGCAGUGGACGCCAGGAGAAGAUGCGAGCGAGCGGGAGGACGACGAGGGCAGGAGAAGCGGCGGGACGCUUACGACCCAGCAUUGAGCCUUGAACUCAUGAACCGGACUCGUUGCGCCCUUCCUGGCCUCCCUACUCCUCCUUCUUCCCCUCCUCCCCCUCCUCCUACGCCACCGGCCUCAUCUUUCUCCACUCACUUCAGCACCAUGAGGUUCUCCUAUCACCUUGACAACAGCGCCACUGGCAGGACAGGUCCCCCGUCCUCCUUGAGUCCUAGCUUGCUGGCUAAGAGUCUCUCUCUGGAGCCUCCUUGCGGGCCCCAGCAGCCCUCCUCCUCCUCCUCAAGUCCCGUCGGGCUCCAGGAGGAAGAGGUGAACGACUCGGGACCACCACAGAUAUGUAAGAGCCGGCCUCCUCUGCUCGGACCAAAGCCUCAAGUCCCCCCCAAACCACCCCACCUGCAGCAUCAGGCGGGAGCGUUGAGAACCCGACCGCGGGCUCCAGACAAGCCACUGCCGCCUCCGCCACCCUCCAAGCCCCCCCGUCCUGAGGACCAUGCUUCACCCACCUGCGUCCUGUCACUUAUCGAGAAGUUUGAGCGAGAGCAGCUCAUAAUGGUUCCUGACAUCACAGGGGGGGCCUUGUGUCCCCGCCUCCUGGACACACCCUUAUCUCGACCUUCAUCUCCGCCGUCUUCAUCGUCACCUCACAUCAUCCCCGAGAAGGAGGAGGAAGAGGGGGGUCUCCCUGAGCUCAAACGUCCCGAUGACGUUGUGGCGGAAGGGGAGGGGCCAGAGGAGCCAUUGUCUGCGGAGAUGAACGAGCGUCCACCCUCCGACCCAUCGGGUCCGCCGCCCGAGCGUUUGUCCCUCCCCUCCUCCUCGCAGACGGAGGGCAAGCUGGCCAAUCGCGACAGUGGCAUUGACAGCAUCAGCUCGCCAUCGCACAGCGAGGAGCUCUGCUUCGUGGGUGUGGAUGACAGUGGCGGCGGUGGUGGAGUUUACUCCUGUGGCCUCCCCCGACUCUCUAGCUCGUCCUCGUACGCUGGCGAGGGCGAGGAGGGCGAGGCCAGGGGCACGGCCCGGAGGAGGGACUUCUCAGAGGAAGCAGACAGCGAUCUCGAGGAGGAGGAGGAGGAGGAGUUGGCCGAACUUACCUUGGUGCUUUCAGCCCCCAGACAAGACUUGGCUGAGCUAUCUGUCCAGCAGAGGGUGUUCCACAUUGCCAAUGAGCUCCUUCACACAGAAAUCUCCUACGUGUCCAAACUCCACCUAUUGGACCAGGUCUUCUGUGCCCGACUCCUGGAAGAAGCGCGCUCCCGCUCCUCUUUCCCAUGUGACGUCAUUCACGGAAUCUUCUCCAACAUCUGCUCCAUCCAUUGCUUCCACCAGCAGUUCCUGCUGCCGGCUCUGCAGAAGCGCAUGGAAGAGUGGGACUCGAACCCACGCAUUGGAGACAUCCUGCAGAAGCUUGCGCCCUUCCUGAAGAUGUACGGAGAGUAUGUGAAGAACUUCGACCGCGCCAUGGAACUGGUCAACACGUGGAUGGAGAGGUCGGCUCUGUUCAAGAGCAUCAUACAUGACAUCCAGAGGGAUGAACGCUGUGCUAACCUGACGCUUCAACAUCACAUGUUGGAGCCAGUCCAAAGAAUUCCUCGAUAUGAGCUCCUGCUCAAAGAUUAUCUGCACCGUUUACCGGAGGACGCGCCGGACUACAAGGAUGCUCAGAAGUCUCUCGAGCUCAUUGCCACGGCUGCUGAACAUUCCAACGCCGCCAUCAAGAAGAUGGAGCGAAUGCGGAAGCUGCUGAAGGUCUACGAACUCCUGGGCGGCGAAGAGGACAUUGUGAACCCGACCAACGAGCUCAUCAAGGAGGGGCACAUCCUCAAACUGUCCAACAAGAACGGCACGUCGCAGGAUCGGUACCUCAUCCUGUUCAACGACAGGCUGCUCUACUGCGUUCCCAAACUGCGUCUGAUUGGUCAGAAGUAUGGCGUCCGAGCUCGCAUCGAUGUGGAUGGCAUGGAGCUGAAGGAGAUGAGCAGUGCGGCGGUUCCUCGGACUUUCUUGGUGUCAGGCAAGCAGCGCUCGCUUGAACUGCAGGCUAGGACUGAAGAUGAAAAGAGAGACUGGAUCCAGGCCAUUCAGGCCACCAUUCAGAGGCACGAACACACCAUGGAGACAUUUCGUCACCUGACUUGUUCGCUACGAGACGACGAGUCCACACCCCCUCACUCCCCGAGCUGCGCCGAGCUGGGCAAGCGUGCGCCGACGCCCAUCCGCGAGAAGGAAGUGACAUUGUGCAUGAAGUGCCAGGAGGCGUUCAACGCCCUCACCAAGCGGCGCCACCACUGCAAAGCCUGCGGUCAUGUGGUUUGCGGCAAAUGCUCUGAGUUCCGUGCCCGCCUUUCGUACGACAACAACCGCACGAAUCGCGUGUGCGUGGACUGCUACGCCAUGCUAGUGGGCGUGUCCCCGGUGCCUUCUGUCGUGGCCGGCAGCAGCCAGAGGAGGCGCUCUAUCCUGGAGAAACAAGCCUCGCUGGCGGCCGAGAACAGCGUCAUGUGCAGCUUCCUGCAUCACAUGGAGAAAGGCGGUGGCCGAGGCUGGCAGAAGGCCUGGUUCGUCAUCCCCGAAAAUGAACCCCUGGUGCUCUACAUCUACGGAGCUCCUCAGGAUGUGAAAGCGCAGCGCAGCGUGCCUCUGAUUGGCUUCGAUGUUUCCCUCCCGGAGUCAUGUGACCGCCUGGAGCGUCGGCACACCUUUAAGAUUUCCCAGAGUCACCUGACGCUCUACUUCAGCGCAGACGGCGAGGAGCUUCAGCGCCGUUGGAUGGAUGCAUUGUCCAGGGCCGGCAAAGGGGAGGAGCCUCAGCUUCAGCACCCAAUCGUAGAGAGCGUGGAGGAAGAGGGGGAGGAGCCGGAGGGGACGGAGGGCGACAACACGUGAUUUGAUUGGAGGAGUGGUGACGCAGGGGGGGUGGGGCCAACUGUUGGAGUUGAUUUAAUCGACAUGGACACAAGAUGGGACAUUACCCAUGAGCACAGCUGUGGUGUCACAUGCUGUCUGAAAGCACAAUCCUCUUCCUCUUGACGCUGCCAUCUUGUUUUGAUUGAUUUCAUGCUCUACCCAUAAUUCCACCGCAAAAGUGAUGAUGCCUCACCCCGGUCGAAGAAUUCCAAGUGCAGUGGCAGUGUGACGGAGAUGUCCUGACGGGACACGGCUGGAUGGAAUGGCUAAUUAUGACCUCAUAAUGGCCAUAUUUCAUUUUAAUUUCAGGUUCUGGUCAUGUUAUUUCAUUCCACUGCAUUUCAUUGGUAAAAAAAA